AGUAUCGCGGCUCUGCCAGUUCUUCCGCUAGUUCAGUUGGCCAAAACAGCUUAAACGUGGACGUGGUCCCUCGGUGACAUAUUGCUACCAAAAAUAGAAUAAAAUGAUAUCAAUUAUCAGUACAUGUUGAAGGAAAGACUGCUGCAUUGCUUAAUUAUCAACGGACAUUUUUUGUAUUUAAUUGAAAAGCCUUUAAAACUUUAGAAAUGAAGGUCACGGACGCUUUGCAAUCUGGACGGAGAAAGCCAUUACCAGUGGCUCUUCUAUGCAUCCUAGUCACUGAGUUCUGCAUCUUGGAGUGCCAUGGAGUAGAGAUGACAUCACCCACCAAGAAGUCCGCUCCCCUUCGAAUAACCAAACCACAGCCCACAAGUCAGCAGGCCAAGCCCAUCAGUAUUACCACAAGGGCCACAACCACGGUGGCUUCAACCACCUAUGAUGAAGUCUCCAGCUCCGUCGAUGGUCAGCUGGCCCAGCUCAUCUCAUCCACAACCGAGGGACCCAGCGGUGGAACAACUGCCAGCUUAGUGCCGGAAAUAUGUCUCAAUGGUCUGCAGUUGACGGUUAACAGUGCGGAUGAGGGAACGAUAAUACGGAAGCAGGAGGAGUUUGUCAAGAUACUCGAAGGAGAUGUGGCGCUCAGUGUCCUGACCACGGACCCCGACUCCGCGUUGUUCGUAAUCAAUCGUGUGAACCAGGCGAAUCUUAUAAUGGCAGACUUUGAAAUUGGAAUUCGCGCUAUCAGCAUUGACAACGCCAGCUUGGCCGAGAACCUGCUCAUCCAAGAAGUUCAGUUUCUGCAGCAGUGCACGACGUACUCGAUGGGCAUAUUCGUGGACUGGGAGCUGUACAAACAACUGGAGUCUGUUAUCAAGGACUUGGAAUACAAUAUCUGGCCAAUACCGGGAACGCGGGCGCACCUCUUUCCCAAAGUUGCGCACUUGCUGCAUCAAAUGCCUUGGGGCGAAAAAAUCGCAUCCGUGGAAAUAGCAACCGAAACGCUGGAGAUGUACAAUGAAUUCAUGGAAGCCGCUCGCCAGGAGCACAUGUGCCUCAUGCACUUCAAGAGUGACGAGAAUGUUUACAUAAUGUUUGGCAAUAAGCUAGCUAGUCACUUCAAGGAAAACGGCACUCUCUUUUCCGUGCCCACCGAUAGAACGGACGAUGAAUUUCUGGCAGACUUACCAAACAGAGCUUUUGUCCUAAUGGAAAACGAAAUAGACCUGAGCACUGCAGUUGAAUUGGACGCCACGCCCACCGCUCUGGACGAGAUCCUGAUCGGGAAGAGUGUGUUACCAUCGCGAGUCCUGAGCUUUGCCGGCUCCAUAAUCGACCUGAUGAACUGGCUGCGCGGAUCCCUGUCCAAGCACUGUAAGCGUGGUGAGGAGCACGACUUGUAUGUGCUGGAGAGCUGCUUCAACUUCCUGAACUUCAUCGAGGACUGGCGAACAUCGGAGUACCGACAAGCCCAUGAUACGGCUGAGAUCCUGUCGCUGCUGUUGAUGCGCAAGUUGGGCACCGCCAUGAACUUUCAGAUGUACCAGAAGAAAGUGCUGACGCUGGACAAGAUCACGGGUGAAUCGCGUACCGAACUGCGCGAGAUUGCGUCGCAGAACUUUGUGACCAAUGUGACCACGUACUAUCACUAUAAUCGGGACAAUCACACCAGCUUGGAGCUGAAGACCAAGUUCGGUCAGGUGUUCAACUGCCAGUACAGUGCUGGUGAUAAUAGGCGGUAUCCGUUCCUGUUCGAUGGCGAAUCCGUGAUGUUCUGGCGCAUCAAGAUGGACACAUGGGUGGCAACUGGGCUGACGGCUGCUAUCCUGGGCCUGAUUGCCACGCUGGCCAUCCUGGUGUUCAUUGUGGUGCGCAUCUCGUUGGGCGACGUCUUCGAGGGAAAUCCCGCCACCUCGAUUCUCCUUCUACUCUCCCUCAUCUUGGUCUUUUGCUCCUUUGUGCCCUUUUCGAUUGAAUACGUGGGUGAGCAGCGCAAUUCGCAUGUGACCUUCGAGGAUGCCCAGACUCUGAAUACCCUGUGUGCGGUGAGGGUGUUCAUCAUGACUCUGGUCUACUGUUUUGUUUUUUCCCUGCUCCUAUGUCGCGCCGUGAUGUUGGCUUCUAUUGGCUCCGAAGGUGGCUUCCUAUCCCAUGUGAAUGGAUAUAUCCAGGCAGUGAUUUGCGCCUUUAGUGUUGUGGCCCAAGUGGGCAUGUCCGUGCAACUUCUGGUGGUGAUGCACGUCGCCUCGGAAACUGUGUCCUGUGAGAAUAUUUACUAUGGUCGUUGGUUGUGGGGCCUGUUGGCCUACGACUUUGCUCUACUGUGCUGUGUGGGCGCCUUGAUACCCUCUAUAUACAGAUCCCAACGAAACUAUCGCGAAGGAAUACUCAUUGUCAUUGGAUCGGUUCUAAUUAUGGUGAUUUGGGUGGCCUGGAUAGCGUUAUCCUUAUUCGGGGACGAGUGGAGGGAUGCGGCAAUUCCAUUGGGAUUGCAGGCCUCUGGUUGGGCGGUACUGGUGGGCAUCUUGAUACCGCGCACCUUCCUCAUCGUAAGGGGCAUCGAACGGUCGGAUAUUGCGCAAGCUCUGCCUUCACUUACUUCUCUGGCCUUUGCCCAGAACAAUCAAUACUCCUCGGAACAGAGUGUUUACGAGUGCGUGAAUCCCGCCAUGCGCCACUGCUCCCAGGAUGAGGUGAACCACCAAUCGCCUAGUGAGAUUCCCACGUUACCCCUUCGAGGAGGUGGCCCACGUCGCCAGCAGUUCUUCGCCAAUCUCCGCCAGGCCAAUGCCAACAUCAAUCCGCAACGUCCUCCACCUCGACCCCAGCAGAGUCCCUCCCGAUCCUCGGUUUCCUCGCUGCCGCCCUCUCCCGAUCACAACAAGAUCACCCGUUUCUAGCCCACGAGUGUACAAUUUGGCACUUCUAGUCAACGCUCCCAGUACGUGAAUUCAGCUAAGAACUGUCCAACAUUUUGAAUCACUGACGAACCAAGAACUUAUAGAAGUUGAUAAAAUAAAUAAUAAAACAAUACAAAUAAUCAAAAGA